CGCUGCCUCGGCGGCCCGGCCCGGCUCGACGCCAAUGGUGGAGGCCAUAGUGGAAUUUGACUACCAGGCCCAGCACGACGAUGAGCUGACGAUCAGCGUGGGUGAGAUCAUCACCAACAUCAGGAAGGAGGAUGGAGGCUGGUGGGAGGGACAGAUCAACGGCAGGAGAGGUUUGUUCCCUGACAACUUUGUAAGAGAAAUAAAGAAAGAAAUGAAGAAAGACCCUCUCUCCAGCAAAGCUCCAGAAAAGCCCAUGCACGAAGUGUCCAGCGGAAAUGCUUUGCUAUCUUCUGAAACAAUUCUAAGAACCAAUAAGAGAGGCGAGCGAAGGAGGCGCCGCUGCCAGGUGGCGUUCAGCUACCUGCCCCAGAACGACGACGAGCUUGAGCUGAAGGUCGGCGACAUCAUAGAGGUAGUAGGAGAGUACAGUUUAACAGGUAAAACUUCAACACUGGUAAGUCGAAACUAUUCGGAAUAG